UGACUUUGUGGCUGUGGUAACUAGUGACGAACCCCCAUUUGGUCCUCGGUUAAACAUUUUUCAAGACAAAUGAACACAAUUUAAAGUUGCAUUUUCUACCUCAACUCUUAAGCCAUGGCAGGGAACUUCUGGCAGAGCUCGCAUUAGUAAGUAUUAUUUUCAGACGUGAUGCAUAAGGACUGUGUAUGGCAAAGAAACUCCUUUGUUUAAAGGACUAGGAAGUUGGGAAGCUUGCUAGCUUAGCCCGCUUCACAGUAGCUAGCUAGCUAACGUUACUGUGUUCGCCCACUCUCAUGUUAGGUCAAUAUUAGUGUAGCGGAUAAACAUUUUCAGUAGCUACCAAUGCAAUUCUAAGGGGUAAUAAGCUAGUUAUGAAUGCUAAGAUUUCUUUGUUGAUCCAGCUAAUUAUUUAAUGUGCCCAUUUUGCGAGCUAGGUUGACAGCCUAGCCACACUCACACUACUAGCCGAGUGCUGGUCGGCAAGUCAUUUUGUUUUGUUUCUUUUUGUCGCACCGCUCUCAAAUUUCCCAUCCGCAUCGUUUUGUUGUUAUGAUACUGUGUGUAUGUGAUCGCUCGUUGUGUGAUUCAUUGUCUCCUCUCUGUCAUUAGUCUGCAGUGGGUCCUGGACAAACAGGACCUGAUGAAGGAGCGUCAGAAGGAUAUGAAGUUUAUGAAUGAGGAGGAGUACUGGAAACUGCAGAUCUUCUUUGCCAAUGGUAUCUAAAGAAGACUAACUUUAACUCUGUAUUUCUUUUGAUUCACACCUAUUAUGAUACAUCAGUGUGGUGGGAAAAUGUUUUUGUGAAGGGAGAAUUAGUUUACUGUUGGUACAAUAUCACAACAUUUAUUACCCUAAGGUCUGGUCUCAUAGCACUCUGUUCAAUAACCAGUAAUAAUCUUGUUUACAUAUCGUUUAAAUUAACUAGUGUUUUGUAUGGUUGCUUUUUGAUGUGUUUGAGGUUAGAUGUGCUCAGAGUUUGACGUAUUGUUCUGUUCCAGUCAUCCAGGCCCUGGGGGAACACCUGAAGCUCCGUCAGCAGGUCAUCGCUACGGCAAUCGUCUACUUCAAACGUUUCUAUGCCAGGUGCUUAUGCCGUUUUCAUGGCAUGAACAUUAUGGAAUUCUAAAUGUAAUUAGGGGAGCAUUGUAUAAUAGCUUUUGGCCUCUUCCUAAUCUCUCCCUCUCUCUCUUCCUGUCUCUCUACCUCUCUUUGCAGGUACUCCCUGAAGAGUAUAGACCCGGUGCUCAUGGCUCCUACAUGUGUGUUCCUGGCCUCUAAAGUGGAGGUAUAUGGCCUGAUUUCCCCUUCUUUCCGUUCCACUUUUCAUAGUCUAUGUAGGGGUAGGGUUAACUGCUCUGUAACAUAAUCUGUGUGGGAGUAGGGAUGGGGUUAACUGCUGUAUGAUGUAGUCUGUGAUGGAGUAGGAUGGGGUUAACUGCUAUAUGACAGCAUCAUCAAAGCCUCUCUGUCUCUUCCAGGAAUUUGGUGUUGUUUCAAACACUCGUCUUAUCUCUGCAGCUACGUCCGUGUGUAAGUCAGAAGACGCGAUCAAGCGUUUCCAUUUAGAUAUUAGCUUAUAUUGAAAAUGACAUACACUAGUGCUGUGGUACAAAGGCUACAUUCAUUCUGAUGGGUUGUGUUCAUGUGAUGCCAAAUCUAACAAGUGUUUUUUGUUUUGUACAGUAAAAACCAGAUUUUCCUAUGCCUUCCCAAAGGAGUUCCCUUACAGAAUGAACCAUGUAAGUCUUACCUAACCUUACUAUUGAAAUAAUUUAGGAUGUGCUGUAUAAACAGUUCUUAGGUGUAAUAAUGUAGUAUUUAUUAUACAGUUAUUAGAUAAGAUAUCAUUCAUUGUUGUAGCUUGAUGUUACGAUUAUGUUACAUGGUGGUGGGACCAAUCUCUUAGGCAACACACACUUACUAUAUUGUGGAAUAUUUAUACACCACAAUGAGUCCCUUACGGUGUGUGUUGUAGUUAGGUAUCAGUAUGUUGGUGUCAGCGGAGUCGCCACAUUCCACUAGCAAUCACAUGCCUAUGGUGGAACUCCCAUCGCCGUGGGAGGGGAUUUUGUCUGUGGUGCCAAGUGGGUAACAAUGGCAGCGCCGGUUAUUUAUCUACUGUCUCCACAGAGUUGCCAGGACCCCGUUGGGGCUGUCCUAACACCUUGCCUGUCCAAAAGCUGUGUAGACUAUUAUUGAUGCUGUUAGUACCAGAUACUAUUUCUCAAAACUAUAGUCCAAUAGAGAGGAGGGGGGUUAGGACUUGUGACUAUGAAACUGAUAUAGUUACUAAACUAAGUUUUUACUUCAACUGCUUUCCUCAUUACAGAUCUUAGAAUGUGAGUUCUAUCUACUGGAGCUCAUGGUGAGUAUAGAAUGCUUUGUCUCUCACAAUACACUCCAUGCUGGAUCAUGUCAUCCAUUUGUUGGAUGGAUGGAUUAACUGAUCUCGUGUGUUCCAGGACUGCUGUUUGAUAGUGUACCACCCCUACAGACCCUUGCUGCAGUAUGUGCAGGACAUGGGGCAGGAGGACAUGCUACUGCCGUUGGCCUGGUACGAGUUUUUCUUUGUGGUAGCAUGUAUUGAUUUGAUAUGAAACUGUUGAAACACUCAUGGUUUCCCCUUUCUUGGCUCUAAAGGAGAAUAGUGAAUGACACGUAUAGGACAGACCUCUGUCUGCUCUACCCUCCCUUCAUGAUCGCUCUAGGUAAGACUCCCUGUCGGACCGCUCACCUUUACUACUGGUAGAUAUUCAGCUCAAUAAAAUAUAGGUGAGGUGUUACACUAAGUGUCUUCCCCCUGCAUCCACAGCCUGUCUGCAUGUUGCCUGUGUGGUGCAGCAGAAGGACGCCAGGCAGUGGUUCGCUGAGCUCUCUGUAGACAUGGAGAAGGUAAGGCAACACCAUACAAAUGACAUAUUUCUCAAUCAAUCAGAGGGGAAAGCUGAUUGUAUGUAUAUAGAUCCAGUUGCCUUAGGGAUAAUAGAGUACUGUGCAGUGACGUUUAUUCCCGGCUCAGAUUCUGGAGAUCAUCCGAGUCAUCCUGAAGCUUUAUGACCAGUGGAAGAACUUUGACGAAAGGAAGGAGAUGGCUGCUGUGAUCAACAAGAUGCCUAAACCCAAGCCUCCACCCAACAGGUACUGAGAUCUUUUCUAAUCUCACCUCAAUGUCCCAGCUAUUGGCUGUUCACAUGACACAUCCACUUCCUGCCUAAACUAACUGUUUCCUGUUUGUUUGUGUACCAGUGAGAAUGACCAGAGCUCUAAUGGGAACCAGAACAACUCCUACAGCCAGUCAUAGGCAAUGGGAUAGUAUCCAUGGACAGGGUGCAGGGGGAAAACUUAUGUUGCACAAUACCGUGGUGUGACAUCAGAGACUAAUCAUAUGUAUUUCAGCUGAUCAAAUAGCAGAAGAAACAGGGUACCAAAAAAGCCCAAACCCUCUUUUCUGAUAUGGUUAUCCCAACCAGAAGACCAAGUCUGCACACGCUCAAUCCGCCUCUGCUCAUACGAUAACUCAUCAAAGAGAUGACCACAGGAAUGCUGGCAUCAGUCAAUCGGUGCCAGCAGUCAUGUGUUGCCACGAUACUCCAUCUCUCAACAGUUAACCUUAUGGACCUAAACCAAACUGCAAGAAACAGGAGGAUGUAGGGAGGGACGGGGGGACUUUGAGUUGUGAUAAUCCUGACUUCCUUGAACUCUCUCAGGGAUCAGUCAUGUAAUAUGGAGCUCCGUGGGACCAGAGAAAACUUGACCAUUAGUGAGUGUGUGUGAUUGAGUGGCCCAUUUGGUAGUGGCUUCAUUCCUCAGGGAGAAUAGUAGUCCUUUAUACUGGUAUCUGUAAGAUGAUUGUGCCCUGUACUGUUUUAGAUGCGUUCUGAUAGGAUGUAAGGCUGUUGGAUUGUUACCCGAUUGGAUGUCCUGCAAUCUGAGGUCUACAUUGAUUGAUUGUUGCAGAGCUUAGCAGGGGAAGUCACGGGCGAGAAUGUAAUUUCCAGGGGUACACACUAGAUUAAAAUGUCUUCAUUUACUGUUAUAUCUCCUGCCCAGCCCAUCUCCAGCCAUUGCAAAUAGCCUUACUCAUACCUUUAUUCCUUUGUUUAAUCUUUUGUGUUUUGCUUGAUUGAGCAAAUUUGCAUGGGUAGAAAUCAUGAACUGUAUUAGCUAAUAGUCUGCUUCAAGUAAAAGUGCUCAAAUGUGUUUACUAUCAUGAAUAAAAAAAGAUGGAGCAUAUUGUGUAAGGACCACAUUUAUUUGUUGUUGGUGGGGAGGGAAGGUUGGAAUUUUAGCUGCGUGUUCUUUAUUGCAUAUUGAAUCAGUCCUCAACAAGCCAGGGUCCAAUGUUGUUUUCUGUCUGCACCUGCCAUGUAUUUCAUCAAAUUGAAGUGUCACAAUACCUUUGUGCAUAUUUACUUGUAGAUAUCGAUAUAUUGUCUGUGCCGUAAAUAAUACAGUGGGAGUGAUGUGUGUGGGGUUGAGUUUAUGUCUGUGUUUGUGUGUGUCCAGAACCGGUGCUUGAAUGCCUUACAAAAUAAAGCUGCUUGUCAAG